ACUAGGGGUGUUGAAUUUCGAGAAUCACGUAAAUUAUUCGCUUUGGCGUAUCUGUGUGUUAAAGAGAGAGAUUUAGGGAAGAGAAGACUGGAACUGGCACUGGCAGGGAGGGAAGGAAUGACACAUUUAUGAAAUCAUAUCAUCAUAUUAUUAUUUUUUCCUAUUAAAGUCAAAAGCAAAACUCCAACCACUUCUCCUCGACUCCUCUCCCGUCUCAAUUCCUUCGCUCAUCGCGACUUUUCAUCCUACGCUCUACCAUUUUCCUACGCCGGCGGCACCUUCCGCGCUCUCUCCUGGAGCUUCCCCGUCCUCUUUCCCCUCCUGCUCUUCGCUGUUUGAAUCGGGACGCAGGGCCGCCGCCGCCGCCGCCAGUUCCCCAUUUCAAGCUUCCGUUUCGCGCCGGUUAUCGUACGUCUGAAGCAUGAGCUGCUUCAGCUGUUGCGAAGAGGAUGAGAUCCAUAAAGCUGCUGACAAUGGAGGUCAUUAUCCCUUAAAGGGUUCUGGAGCAGGAAGUAUAGGAGGCUAUCAUGCCUCAGAAACUGCGCCUAAAGGGGCUCAGAUUAUCAAGAUCCAGCCCAUUGAAGUUCCAGCAUUAGCUUUGGACGAGUUGAAGGAAGUUUCAGAGAACUUUGGUACUAAUUCUUUGAUUGGAGAAGGCUCCUAUGGAAGAGUGUAUUAUGGCAUUCUCAAGAAUGGGCAAGGUGCAGCGAUUAAAAAGUUAGAUGCCAGCAAACAGCCUGACGAUGAAUUCCUAGCUCAGGUCUCAAUGGUUUCUAGACUUAAACAUGAUAACUUUGUCCAAUUGCUUGGGUAUUGUGUUGAAGGAGGGUCUCGCAUACUUGCUUAUGAAUUUGCGUCGAAUGGUUCGCUGCAUGAUAUUCUUCAUGGAAGGAAAGGUGUUAAAGGUGCACAGCCAGGUCCUGUCCUUACAUGGGUGCAGCGUGUUAAAAUUGCUGUUGGGGCUGCUAAGGGCCUUGAAUAUUUGCAUGAAAAGGCCAAUCCCCAUAUCAUCCACCGUGACAUUAAAUCCAGCAAUGUUCUGAUUUUUGAUGAUGAAGUUGCAAAGAUUGCUGAUUUUGAUUUGUCAAAUCAAGCUCCUGACAUGGCGGCACGGCUUCACUCUACUCGUGUACUGGGCACAUUUGGAUAUCAUGCUCCUGAAUAUGCCAUGACUGGGCAGUUGAAUGCCAAGAGUGAUGUUUAUAGUUUCGGGGUGGUGCUUCUUGAGCUUCUGACUGGUCGUAAACCCGUUGACCACACACUGCCACGUGGGCAACAAAGUCUGGUCACAUGGGCUACACCUAAACUUAGCGAGGACAAGGUUAGACAAUGUGUUGAUACAAGACUAGGAGGAGAAUUCCCACCCAAGGCGGUUGCAAAGAUGGCUGCAGUGGCUGCUUUGUGCGUGCAAUACGAAGCUGAUUUCAGACCGAACAUGAGUAUCGUCGUGAAAGCACUACAACCUCUACUAAACGCCCGGGCAGGUCCUGUAGGUGAAACCCCAGCCGUCUGAUUCUCUCUGAGAUGCCCCAAGCGGGCACAUUGGUGUGGUAAGGUCACAGUGACAUUAUUAUUUCUUUCUUCAUUUAUUCCCAGGGAGAAGGAACCAUCCCUACACUUCUCUCCAUUUUUGUUAUGCGUUUCAUCUGUUCAUAAUUCGAAUAUGUGGAUAAGAUAAGUAUUGAUAAUGAUCUUCGCCUCAGUGGGAUAUUGGUUAAGGCAAGUGCUGUACAUCCGUGCAUGCCAUGUUUUAUUCUAUACUGUAUGCCUCUAUUAGUUGGUGGCAAAUGAAUUGAAUUCAUGGUUGAUUGGAUAGUGGAUUGGAUCAAGUGAAUUGGUGGGUUGAUUCAUGGGUGCAAAUGACAUCAAACCUUAGAUCAUUAUGUACUAAAAUAUCAUAAUUAAAAAAAAAUUUAGAUACUAAAAUGUAAUUUUUUACGGUUAAAUAAAAAUAAAAUGCAUU